CUGUCACGCUGAAGCAGCUGCUACAUGCUUAGCUAGCACACCACUUCACAUCUUGCUGCCACUCAUGCAGUGAUCUUGUGACAGCGAGGCUGAAGAGUCGUUCAUGCAGAAGCACCCCAUGCUGACACCACAGGACAUUGGUUUACGCUGUGACAAAGGCAUCAGUCCUGCCCACUGUCCUGCACAGCUAUGGCCAAAGAGCAGCCGAACGCAUUCGACCUUCUCCCUCUUUUGGGGUCCACCGACUUGCAGGAGCUGGAGCAAGUUAAAACCCUGUUGCAGGAGACUCUCGGCACAGAUAAAGGUGCAAUGUUGCUGAAUAGCCUUGUGGAUUUUUUCCUGGAAACAAAUUCAUCUCAAGCUGUGGAUAUCCUGUCUUCUGUCAGGGAGCCCCUUGAUAAGCCUCUUUUAGAUAAGAUGAAUGAAUGCAUGGGCAAGCAGAGCAGCCGUCUCUCCACCGUCACCCUCCUCGGCCAUGUUGUCCGCAAGCAGCCACAAUGGAUCCACAAGAUUGCACGCUUCCCUUUGUUUACUUCGUUGCUCAAAUGCCUCAAGGCUGAUUCUGAUGUAGUGGUUCUCAUAACUGGCGUUCUGGUGUUGAUUACUCUACUACCCAUGAUUCCUCAAACCAACAAACAUCUUCUCUGUGAGUUCUUUGACAUCUUUGGACGGCUUGCUGCUUGGAACCAACGGCACCCAGGUCUUACUCAGGGAGUGUAUGCAGUCCAUCUGCAUGCCAGUGUAUACUCACUUUUCCACCGACUAUACGGGAUGUACCCGUGUAAUUUUGUUUCCUACCUACGUGCACAUUACAGCAUGAAGGAGAAUGUGGAUACAUUCGAAGAAGUAGUUAAGCCAAUGUUGGAGCAUGUACGGAUACAUCCAGAGCUCAUCACAGGAACCAAAGAUUACGAGGUUGAUCCGAUAAGAUGGAAGAGAUUCGAGCCCCAUGAUAUAGUGAUUGAAUGUGGCAAAGUUUCCCUCGAUCCAAAGGAGGCAUCCUGUGAAGAGGGCUAUUCUUCUUUGUCUGAUCACGUAGCACGUCGCCCUGUAGAACACAGCCGGUCAUUUUCGGAGCUCAUUAUCCAUGAAAUGACCUCUGUCACGCCAAUGGCCGCUGUUAGUCAGUCUCUUUCUCUAUCUCUUCCUUUUCAAACUGUUUCCCAGGAAUCAGGUUCCAUGACACACACACCCAACCAACAAGCGCAGAGUGAUGAGAGAAACUCCUCAGGAAGAAAGGAGGGCAUAUGGAGUCCUUCCUCAAUCUGUGGGAUAACCACCCCGCCCAGCUCCAGAAUGUCCCCUACUACCGUUUCAGAAAUCUCGCAUAGUGCCUCCCAACUCUCAGGACGAAUCCUCAACACACCAGUGGAUGGAAAAUGGUCCUUGUCUCCUUCAACCCCCUCAGGGUCAUCUCCGCUACCAUCAUUCUCAGAGGAACUAGGGCAGGCCGCCCAAAUCCCCAGCAGUACUCAGGCUAAGGUAAAUCCAACGCUCAAAGAUCUGAAGAAAGUCAUGCCUAGAAGUAUAAACAACAACGGAGGUGCUAGCGAUGGCAAGAGUCCAGUGUCAUUGGCGACCCUGUCCGACAUUGUCAAGAAGACAGAUCAGGAGAGAGAGGAUGUCGCUAUCACAGAGGAGAUUUUAAGCCUGACACAUGGGAAACUGGAUUUCGCGACAAGGCCCAGACUGGAUUCUUCUUUUUCCGGCUCCUCGGACACCUUGCUCUCAUCCCAUCCAAGCAACGAACCAAAUUUAGUCUCCACACCAGACAGGGGUGAAGCCACAACCAAAGGAGGAGAUCAGCAACCUCCGUGGUCCCUGUGGCCUCCUUUCACCCCCAUAGAUAAUGGAAAGGGUCCGAGUAAAUGUUCUCUCUCCGAUCUGAUGAAAGAACCCAUGCCCUACGAGCCGCUGUUUGACCUAGCCCUGCCUAAAGUGGCGUAUUUGUUUUUGGAGACAAAGACCACAGAGGCCUUGAGGAAGGUGGAGGGAGAGAGGGAGCUACACCGAGAGAUGGAGGGCGAGGAUCUUUCUGCAACUUCACCGCUGGAGGUGUUGGACCGUGUUAUUCAGCAGGGCCAUGAGACGCAUGACAAGUUGCUAAAGAGAACUCUGUUCUUUCAAAACCAAUCGUCGGACCCAAACUCUGGAGGUAAACAGCAUAGCAAUAAAGGAAAAGUUCCUGUGUCUGUAGCAUCUGAUGAACUAGGGAUGUUGCGCAGUCAGUUGCUGUUGCUCCAUAACCAGCUGCUGUAUGAGAGACAUAAGAGAGAGCAGCAUGCGCUCCGGAACCGCCGUCUUUUUGGCCGUAUCGUCAACACGACUGCACUGGAAGAGCAGAACAACUCCAUGAAAACCCAACUCAAGCUUCAGGAUGUUGAGAUGCAGGCUGUACAGAUGAGCCUGCAGGAGGAACAACGGCGCUCCAGGCUUUUGCGAGAGGACAGCGAGACUGUGGUGAACCAGCUGCAGGCGCAAAUCCAGCAGCUGCAGAUAGAACGCAAUGACUAUUACUCAAAGAUGCUGGAACUGCAGAGUGACUUGCAAGAAAAUCAGAAAAAGGUGGGAGAAAUGGAGGCGGAGCUACAGAGAGCCAACAACAAAGUAUGUAAUAUGGGACACCUGCUCAGCCAGCUGUCCAUCAAGCUCAACAAAAGUGAGAGUAUGGAACAGCAGAUGGGUUUUUUGAACAAACAGUUCCUGCUUUUGGGUGAGGCCAACAAGCUAUGCAUGGAAGAAAUUGAGCGCUUGGGACCCGAAGCAAGCAAGGAGCUGAAGAUGCAGCAGGCGUCUUCACUGCGGGAGGUAGAGCAUUUGAGGCAGAGCUCCCUCCAGCAGAGUCAGAGACUCGAGGCAGCCCAGCAGCGUAUCACUGACCUGGAGACCCAAGUUACUAAGAAAGAGCAAGUCAUCCGAGAGCAGAAGAAAUUUCUGGAGAAUGUCAAAAGUCAAGCCAUGGAGCAGCUGCAGGCUUCAGAAAACAGAUACUUUGUUCAAAAGCACAUCACUCAGGCAUUACAGUCAGAGCUGCUUGAGCUCUACAGUCAAAUAGAGCUGAAGAACCUGCACACCUGUUCACCAGUAGAGAGCACUUCUGAACCCAGCAGUUCCAACAACCAGAGGUCAAAUCGCAACAGUACCAGCCCAUCUGCUUCAACUCGAUCAGCUGACCCCUUGAAAAGAGAGGAAAACGCAUACAUGUGCUUCAAUGGCGAACUGUCUGCCGUAUCUUCUCAUACGCCUCCCAGAGCGGCCAUUAACGGCAGUCAGGAAGAAGAUCUUUCCGCCCUCGCCCGCUCAUUUUCCUCCCUUCCCUGCAACUCCCCGCUGGCAAUUGGCUCUUGCCCCAGUACCGGAAGCUUUUUGGGUAAACGUGCCAGAGAGCUCUUCCGUAAUAAGAGCGAGAGCCACUACGAAGAGGAGCCAGCUGCCCCCACCUGCUUCUCUCAGGAUCCGAAACUAGUAGACCCUUCAGAUAACGUUGAGCUUGAGGGGUCUAAUGAUCAGAUUGACCUGCAGCCCAUGGACAGACCCCGUGCGUAUAACAUUCAGCGGAGGAGACAGCAUGAUCUGCGAAUAAUGGAUUACAAUGAGACCCAUCAUGACCAUUGAUUGUACGCUGCUUAGGUGAUCGUAGAAGAGGAUAAAUCCCAGUAUUAGAGUGCACCACUCCAGGUCAGAGUGGUCUGUGAAGUUUUAGUUCAUUUUAAAAAGUCUUUUGUAUUACAGAGAAGCCAAAAAAUAAGAAAAAAAAUUGACUGGGUUGAACUCAUCCAGCCUCAGUGGCACACAUAUCUCCUGUCUAAAUGUCAUUGAGUUAACAAUGAAUUCAUCGUAAUUCAGUAGUUUUUUUUAAUUGACAUUCACUGUUCUGUCGUGGUGGUGAUAUGGUGUGGCAAUUGGAUGUUGUGCAGUCCCCACUGUACUUUCCAGCCAACGUAUUGCCUUUAUUUUUGUUUUCUUCUUC